UGAAUCACCAGCAAGAGAGAAAAAGUCAAAGCAGUGCUCUUUUUCAACACCCAUAGAAAAAUAUAGAUAAUUUUAAUUCCAAGAAAAAUAUUUUAAAAAAUUACAUCAAAUCAGGGAAAAUAUAAUUUCCUUUUUUUUUCUUCUGUUUUUGCUUUAUUCUUCAUUUUUCAGCUCAAACCCAUUUCUCUCUCUUUCUUCAUUUCUCCAUGGAUUCAGAUUUCUGGACCUCUCGUCUUGCAGCUGCAAAGCGGCAGUUGAAUUUACAGCAACACAAUUCCUACAAUCAUCAAAGUUCUCAACUUGAUAGGCUGAGCAUAGAUGAUUUCGAGGUUGAAGAAGAGGUCCGGCCCGAUUUCCCAUGCCCGUAUUGUUAUGAGGAUUUUGAUAUUGCCUCUCUUUGUUCCCAUCUUGAAGAGGAACAUUCUUGCGAGUCCAAAGUCACUGUCUGUCCCAUUUGUUCUCAUAAAGUUUCCAGGGACAUGCUAAGUCACAUCACAGUGCAACAUGGUCACUUACUAAGAAUGCAGCGGCGGCGUAGAUUACGUAGAGUUGCAAUUCCCAGCAGUCAGGCGCUCUCUCUACUAGGUAGAGAUCUCCGUGAAGCUCAUUUGCAGGUACUUCUAGGAGGCAGUGGAUAUCGAUCAAGCAGUACAACAUCAACCACUGCAGCCAACGACCCCUUCCUUUCUUCUCUAGCUUUGAACUUCCCCACAAUUGAAGCAGAGGAAAUUUCAAAAUCUGUUUUAUCCACUGUUGAGGACUCUACUACCAAGAAUGUGACACCACAACAUAUAUGGAAGUUAAGUUUUGACCCUUCACUAAGUCCAGAAGAGCGAGAAAAGAGGAUUAGACAGGCUACUGGAAGAGCUGUUUUUAUCCAAGAUCUUUUUGCCUCCUCUUUCUUAGCUGACUAAUUGGAGGACAUAUUGAUGAUUAAUCAUAAUAUCCGUCUCCUCACAAUCAGAGGUCUGGUGCCUUAAAGAAUGAGUUCUACCUAAUAGUUUGUUUUUGUUUUAAUGAUACUUAUGAUAUUGUAAGCUAGCUUGCAGAAAAGUAGAUUAUCAUGGCAAGAAGGAUUUAAUCAGGAUAGCAGUAGUAGACGACAGUGUCACCUGUUAGAGUGCAGCUGUGUUGCACCAUUUCUUUUAUUUGUUUUCCUCUUAUAAUUUUCCUUCUGUCACUGUUUUAUUCUUUUGUGAUACAAAGGAGAAAAAGAAGAAAGCUUUUGCUUAUAGUUGUUGACUUUCCUUUUUGUUUAUAUAUAAUAUAAUGUUUUACACU